GCGACCCUGCGCAGCCCAGCUCCGCGCAGCCCGCCCCCGCCGCGGCCACCGGGGGAGCGCCCGGGGGUUGCUCACGGCGGCAAACUUUCCAUCUGGUGGGGCUGGGGAGGAAGCGAUUCGUCCUUCCUUUAACUUCCCCGGCGCGGCUGCAGCGCCAGCCCUGAGCCGUGCGGCGCUGAGCGCGGGGCGGCGCGGCGGAGCGGAGACCGAGACCGAGCUCCGCGCUCUUCCCCGGCGGCGGACGCCGCUCCGGCCCGCCCCGCACGGGAGUGAAGGCGCCGGGCUCCGCCGGGCUCUGCUGCUGUUGCUCCCGUAGCCGCCGCCGCCGCAGCAGCAGGAGGGGGAGGAUGGAGACGGGCAAGGAGACCCGGGCGGCCGCGGGGGAGAAGCCCGGCGAGCCCGAGCCCACGGUGUCCUUCCAGGCCCGGCUGUGGAAGAACCUGCAGCUGGGGGGCAAGGGCCGGAGCGGCAGCGGGAGAGCGGCAGCCGAGCGCCGCACUGCGGAGCCCCCCGCCCCGCCGCCGGCCAGCGGCAAGGGGGACCUGCCGCCCGCCGCCAAGUGGAGCGGCUUCAAGCGGCGGAGGCAAGUGCUGGACCGCGUCUUCUCGUCCUCCCAGCCCAACCUGUGCUGCUCGGCCGCCGAGCCGCUGGAGCCGGGCGGCGAGACCGGCUCCGCCCUGCGCCGCUUGCGGGAGCACCUGCUUCCCCAGGGCAAGGGGCCGCCGACCGGCCACCGGGACGACCCCGCCGCCGGGGAUGAGGGGCACAAGGGCGGGAAGGAAGGGCGCCGGCCCGGGGCGCACCUGUCCCACCAGAAGAGCUCCUCGCUGCCCAGCACCGCCUGCCUGGAGCAGCUGCUGCAGGGCUCGCCCAGCGCCGGCAGGAGGAAGGAGCAGCGGGCGGAGGAGGGCGACGGCAGCGAGAGAAUAAAGGUGCUUGGAAAGAGUAAUGCAGAUUUUCCCUCUGGGGAGCCCGGAAUGUACCAGCUGGACAUUACACUAAUAAGAGGACAGAAUUUGGCAGCCCGGGACCGUGGAGGAACCAGUGAUCCAUAUGUCAAGUUCAAACUUGGAGGAAAAGAAGUAUUUAGAAGUAAAACAAUACACAAGAACCUCAAUCCUGUGUGGGAAGAAAAGGCUUCCAUUCUUAUAGAUAACCCAAGGGGAGACUUGUACAUAAAGGUCUUUGACUAUGACUUUGGACUUCAAGAUGACUUCAUUGGUUCGGCAUUUUUGGAUCUCACUUCAUUGGAAUUAAAUAGGCAAACAGAUGUUACCUUGAGACUGAAGGAUCCUCACUACCCUCACCAUGAUCUUGGAAGUAUAUUAUUGUCAGUUCUGCUGGCUCCUAGAGAAGAACAGCGAGAAGCGACAAUGCUAAUGAGGAAGAGUUGGAAAAGAUCAAGUAAGACCCAGAGCUUACGUCUCUCAGACCUGCACAGAAAAUCUCAGCUAUGGAGAGGGAUUGUCAGCGUAACCUUAAUAGAAGGUCGUGAACUAAAGGCAAUGGAUGCAAAUGGACUCAGUGAUCCUUACGUGAAGUUCCGGUUGGGGCACCAGAAGUACAAGAGCAAGAUUGUGCCAAAAACUUUGAAUCCUCAGUGGAGAGAGCAGUUUGACUUUCAUCUCUAUGAAGAACGAGGUGGAAUUAUUGAUAUUACCGUGUGGGACAAAGAUGUUGGCAAAAGGGAUGAUUUUAUUGGCAGGUGCCAGGUUGACCUGUCCACCCUGAGCAAGGAGCAGACCCACAAGCUGGAGCUGCCGCUGGAGGAGGGUGAGGGAUGGCUGGUGCUGCUGGUCACCCUCACAGCCUCGGCCGCCGUCACCAUCUCCGACCUCUCCGUCAGCUCCCUGGAGGACCAGAAGGAGAGAGAGGAGAUUCUGAAGAGAUAUAGUCUAAUGUCGAUGUUCCAUAACAUGAAGGAUGUGGGAUUUCUUCAGGUGAAGGUCAUCAGGGCAGAAGCGUUGAUGGCAGCUGAUGUCACAGGUAAAAGUGACCCAUUUUGUGUAGUUGAAUUGAAUAAUGACAGACUGCUGACACACACUGUCUACAAGAAUCUGAACCCAGAAUGGAACAAAAUCUUCACAUUCAAUAUUAAAGACAUCCACUCGGUGCUUGAAGUGACAGUUUAUGACGAGGACCGCGAUCGGAGCGCUGACUUUCUAGGCAAAGUUGCUAUACCGUUGCUGUCUAUUCAAAAUGGUGAACAGAAAGCCUACGUCUUGAAAAACAAGCAGCUGACAGGGCCAACAAAGGGGGUCAUCUAUCUUGAAAUAGAUGUGAUUUUUAAUGCUGUGAAAGCCAGCCUACGAACCUUAAUGCCCAAAGAACAGAAGUACAUUGAAGAGGAAAACAGACUGUCUAAACAGCUACUGUUAAGAAACUUUAUCCGGACGAAGCGUUGUGUCAUGGUGCUCAUAAACGCCGCCUACUACAUUAGCAGUUGCUUUGACUGGGAUUCUCCCCCAAGAAGUCUUGCUGCUUUCUUGCUUUUUCUUUUUGUGGUCUGGAACUUUGAGCUCUACAUGAUACCACUGGCUUUGUUGUUGCUGCUGGCAUGGAACUACUUCUUGAUCGUAUCAGGGAAAGAUAACAGGCAACAUGAUACAGUAGUGGAGGACAUGCUAGAGGACGAGGAAGAAGAGGAUGACAGAGAUGACAAGAUACUUCUGUGUUGCUCUAGUAUUAGACAAGGUGGAGAGAGCUCAGUGCAACGCUGUUGCUGGAAUCAGCCAGGAGGAUUUAUGCCACUUAAAUGGAAUAUUAAAAAGUUUAAAACAAAUGACCGUGUGGAAGGGUGUAAUAAAUAAUAACCUCUUGCCACCAAGCAGAUCUCAACCUCUCUGGUGCUGGGACUGCAUAUAAUGGCACAGUGAUGUACAUAAUGGUGCCCUCAUAUUUGAAAGAGCCUUUUAGGCACUUAUAAAAUACAACUAAGGACACAGCAUAGCAGCAACUGAGGAGGGUAAACAGAGCCAGUGACUGAAAUAUUAAAAAAAAUUAUGAUUACCAGCUGUGAAGAAGGCAUCUUUUUAUACUUUUAUAUAUAUAUGUAUAUAUAUAUAUAUAUAUAUAUAUACUAUCUUUUUAUACUAUUUUUCAGAGAAGUGGUGUUGAUUUUACUUUGGUUUAACUGGACUCUGUAACCUUGCAUGCUCAGAGAUACCUGAUAACUUAGUAUUGAAUGCUCUUUUGCUUUCUUCUCCCAUUUCUAUGGGACAGCAAAUUGUUUUCCUGCCCCUGCUUUAAGGUAGAUUCAUCCCCUGGGGAUGCUGGGACCCACCAGCCUCUGCUCUGGCAGGUCCGCUCUCCCCUUCCUUGGGCAAACAACAAAAAGAGCCGUAAUAAUGAUGGUUGUUAAUUAUUAAUAUUAAUAACUUUAUUACUUAUUAAUGAUAAUAAUGCUGCUAAUAAAGACCUUGAACCAUCAACCUACGGUGAGGAGCAAUCUUGAGCACAACCCUGGAAGGGCACCCGGUCAGGCUGUGCCAUCCCCUGUUGCCUAGGGACAUACCUGAUGUUCCCUUUGCAUUAUCAUAAACAUUGACAGUAUCUCCCAGGUGCUCGUAGGUACUGGAGGGAAAUGCUUUGCACAUUACACACAACCACACUCCCCUGCUUUUCAGCAAGCCUUGUUAGUGAAUUCCCCUCCUUCCCCCUCCCCUGUAGCACUAUAUUAAUAUUUUCCACUGCAUACAUUAAUAUUUUCCACGACACGGGAAUCAAAAGCGCUAAAGUCAAGACGAAGGGAUUGAGGUUUCAGUGCAGUAGGAUGGAUGCAAUGCAGGAGAUGCUUCUCCAAAGCCCCGAGUCUGUGUGAGAGUGAAGAUGAACCCCUCAGGAGAAGGAAAAAUUCCUACAAAGUCUGAGGCUGCUAGUAGCUGAUUUCUAAGCUCUAUCUACCACAUAAACAAAAAGCAAGAAAACUCCAAAGAAAAAUGCUGUUGUGUUUUUGUACGUAAAGCCGAGGUUCUCGGGUGAUUUUCAGGUUGAGGUUGGGUUGAAGGUGCUCAAAUUUCCCCUCUUUCCCAAGAACGCUGGAGAUCUUACAUGUUUGUACACGCUGGUGUACAACCAUGUAAUAAAAAUGAACCCGUUUCAAAGAGCGGAUUGUCAGAGUUCAACAGAAAGAAACAUAAAAUAGCUGUUAGGACAUAAGUAUUGGCGUAAGUUACUAAAGUUACGACCGUGGGCAUGCCAUUUAUUCUCUUAGCCCUGGUCUCUGUAACCAGAAGAGCACAGUAAAAUUAACCAUUUACUCAUCCGGCCUGGGAACGGUUAGCCAAAUGUAGAAUUUGCAAGUUUGGGGUUUUUUUGUGUGUUUGUUUGUUUGUUUGUUUUCCUAGAAUAAAUCAGUGCUGUAGCUGGAAAACACUCGUGUGACCCUAUUUGUUCAGAAAGUUUAUUGGAAGUCUAUUUUCACUAUAUGGCUGAGGUGGAAAAACUGGAGACUUUUUUUUGUGUGUAUUUGUGCAACACUUUUUAGGAAGAAGUGUAUUGUACUUUUCAGUACUUUUUUCCUAGGCUACAAAAUCGGCAGUUCCAUGAUUCUGUCUGUUGAUUUCUUGUUCUACUAAUAUUCUGAUGUGUUUUAACGAAGAUGCAGGUUUUUUCAAAUAAUAAAGUGGAAAGGUUUCAGCCCGUAUGUGCAUUGUAUAUGCUUAGCUUUCAUAGCAACUUCUACUCUCUCUGCUGACUCCAACUCUUUUUUGAGUUCCAGAAGAGAUUUUAAUUGUGUUGUAUUUUUGUCUGAAAUGAUGGAUAGUUGUUCUACUCACUGUUGUGAUAAUUUCACAGGAAAAUGAUGGUGUAUGUGCUUAAUUCUGCUACUAGUUUUAUUAAGCUCUUCAUAUUAAUGCUGUUUUGGCAGUGAGUUCCACCAGUGAGUUUUGCAUUGUAUAGAGAACAGAAUUUACUUUUAUCAGUUUUACCUCUGCUGCCUUUCAAGUUCAUGGAACAUUUCUCUACAGCCUUAUGAGAGUAAUUAAGAGUCCCAAUUUACUUUCUCUAAACCAUUCAUUAUUUUGAAUAUCUUGAUUAUGUUCAUUCAUCUUCUUUGUAAAUUAAAAUGUCUCAUUACUUUC